GCUCGCGCGGCGGCUCCAGAGCCGCACGACGCCGCCGUCCCGGAGAGCCUUCCUCACACCGCCGCGAGCAGCCCGACCACGCGUUCCCACACACUCGCGGGUUCCUCUCCAGAGGGCAGACGCCGGACGAUUGGGCAACUUGCCAUUUCCUUUUUAAAUUAAAAUCAUUUUCCUGCCUAUUGUUGGGUUUGGGGGUUUUGUUUUUGUUUUUUCACAAUUUUUGUUUAACCGACAAAAACUCACCGAAGGCGUUUGCGUGUUGUUUCCUGGAGACAGGAGCCGAGACCACCGAGGCAGCUGCGCGGGCCGUGCAUCGCCAAGGACAAAAGGAACCCAGCGUCACAGUCUCUAAGCCUGAGUCCUCCCGUUGCCCAACAUGAAGAAAGCCGAAAUGGGAAGGUUCAAUAUUUCCCCAGAUGAGGACAGCAGCAGCUACAGUUCCAACAGCGACUUCAACUACUCCUACCCCACCAAGCAAGCUGCUCUGAAAAGCCAUUAUGCAGAUGUAGAUCCUGAAAACCAGAACUUUUUACUUGAAUCAAAUUUGGGGAAGAAGAAGUAUGAAACAGACUUUCAUCCAGGUACUACUUCCUUUGGAAUGUCAGUAUUUAAUCUGAGCAAUGCGAUUGUGGGCAGUGGAAUCCUUGGGCUUUCUUAUGCCAUGGCUAAUACUGGAAUUGCUCUUUUUAUAAUUCUCUUGACAUUUGUGUCAAUAUUUUCCCUGUAUUCUGUUCAUCUCCUUUUGAAGACUGCCAAUGAAGGAGGGUCUUUAUUAUAUGAACAGCUGGGACAUAAGGCAUUUGGAUUGGUUGGAAAGCUUGCAGCCUCUGGAUCGAUUACAAUGCAGAACAUUGGAGCUAUGUCAAGCUACCUCUUCAUAGUGAAAUAUGAGUUACCUUUGGUGAUCAAGGCAUUAAUGAACAUUAAUGAACAUGAAGAUACAACUGGAUUGUGGUAUCUGAACGGUGACUAUUUGGUUCUACUGGUGUCAUUGGUGCUCAUUCUUCCAUUGUCACUGCUGAGAAAUUUAGGAUAUCUGGGGUACACCAGUGGCCUUUCCUUGUUGUGUAUGAUGUUCUUUCUGAUUGUGGUGAUUUUCAAGAAAUUUCAAAUUCCUUGUCCUGUGGAAGUUGCUCUGAUAAUGAAUGAAACAGUAAACAGCACCUUACUGCAGCCAACAGCUGUUGCACCUGGCUUGGCAUUUAACAUGACUGAAGAUUCCUGCCGACCACGUUACUUUAUCUUCAACUCACAGACUGUCUAUGCUGUGCCCAUUCUGACCUUUUCAUUUGUCUGUCAUCCUGCUAUUCUUCCCAUUUAUGAAGAGCUGAAAGGCCGCAGCCGUAGAAGAAUGAUGAACGUGUCCAAGAUUUCAUUUUUUGCCAUGUUUCUCAUGUACCUGCUCGCCGCCCUCUUUGGAUACCUGACAUUUUACGGACACGUUGAGUCAGAACUGCUUCACACCUACUCUUCUGUCGUGGGAACUGACAUUCUUCUUCUCAUUGUCCGCUUGGCUGUGCUGGUGGCUGUCACCCUGACAGUCCCUGUGGUUAUUUUCCCGAUCCGGAGUUCCAUAACCCACUUGCUGUGUGCAACAAAGGACUUCAGCUGGUGGCGUCACAGUAUCAUUACAGUGUCUAUCUUGGCAUUUACCAAUUUGCUUGUCAUCUUUGUCCCAACUAUCAGGGAUAUCUUUGGUUUCAUUGGUGCAUCUGCAGCUGCUAUGUUGAUUUUUAUUCUUCCAUCUGCCUUCUAUAUCAAGUUAGUGAAGAAAGAACCUAUGAAAUCUGUACAAAAGAUUGGGGCUCUGUUUUUCCUGUUGAGCGGCAUAGUGGUGAUGGCCGGGAGCAUGGCCCUGAUUGUCUUGGAUUGGGUACACAACGCCCCAGGAGGCCAUUAACUGGCGCCACUAAAACUCCAGUAGUCCAUUUGAUGCCAGUGUUGGGUCAGCUCUCAACUACUAUGAAAUUUCACCUAAUGUUUUCAGUUUCACUUCCUUUUGAAGUGCAGAUUCCUCGCUGGUUCUUCUGAGUGCAGAAUAAGUGAACUCUUUUUUUUGUUUGUUUGUUUGUUUGUUUUGGUUUGGUUUUAUUUUUUAAAGAAACUAUUCUGUAUGAUAGAAAUGGAUAUUAACAACAAAACCACGAGUCUCGGGUUAACGGAAGUGACAAUUUUAUUCCAUUCCAGAGAAUGGACGAACUCUUAACUUUAAUCAAGCCACAUGUUUGGCUGUGUCAUUGUUUAACUUGGAUAUUUUAUGAUUUUACUUGAACGUGCCUAAUGGAACCAUUCGAUGUGAGAAACAAUUCUUCUUAAUUUACAGCAAAGUAUUGAAAUAACCAUUGAGAAAAACACUAUUAUUUUUUUGUACCAAAAAUAUUUAAAGACCUCAGAAGCACUAUUUUACUUUUUUAAAAUUGCUUUUUUUGAACUUGAUCCAAAAGCGGUUGUCAGUAAAGUCCGUGAAAAAAAAAAUUCAUUGUUAUUUAACAAAUACUGGUAUUAUGAAAUGAUUUGCCUUUUUGUAGGCAUAAUAAGCCAAAUACUUUUUUUACCCAAAAUAAUUUUUAGAGAAAAUGAUGUAAUGAAAAACUACCAUGAAUAGGAGCAUAGUUUUUUCCAUUCCAGCUUCACCAGUAAAGGAUGAUUGGUUGAUUGUGGCUGUACCAAAUCAGAUGAACUCUGUUCAUCACUCUUUCUUCUCUGUCCGCAAAUUGUUUGGUUCAUUUAGACUGAAAUGUUUAUGGCAUCAAUCUGUUAGAAUGGAAGAUAAUGCUGCCAUUUCUGUGGGAAGUAAAUUAACUAAUUUUGAGGUACCAAAUAGUGCAAUUGGGUAAAACAGGGUUUAUUCAGUUGCAUCUGCCUCCGGAGUUGUGUUGACAGCUCCGGGUGUGUUUUGUUUUGUUUUGUUUAUUUUUUUUUCGGGCCAGCCCUUUUUUUGGCAUUGCUUCCAGCAGUGGAGAAUGGGCAUUCGAUGGCUAUAGGCCAAAACAAACCUAUCCAGAGAGUACAGCUUUUCAGAAUGCUCAUCUGCUACCGGAAGUGUGAAUUACUUGACAAUGUGUGGUUUAGUUGUGUUCAUGUUUUGUCUUCAGUAGAGGUCUAAUGCACAGGUUACACCGAUACUUGGUAGAAGUUUUCUUCAUAUAGGCCACUGGGUUUCUCAUGCAGUAAGCUUUUUAAAAACCUCGCUUGCACUGGAUUGUCAUCUCAUUCUUGUACAACAUAGAAUCACUUGUUUACAUCCAACAGAUGGUUAGCUAGGGAAACCAGUGCAACCGGAGGGAACUGGUCGGUCUGACUGCAUGUUCACCCUUCCAUUGCAACCCCAGUUAGAAGUGAAAAAAUUACUCGGCUUUAAGAGCACCUUUAUUGUACGUCACGGUGUAUGGUGAAUAUAUUAUUAAAUAAUGUGGUACUUUGCUCAUCAGGUGUAAUGUCAGAAAUCUAAUAUACAUAAUUCCAUUAGUGGUUGAGGGAAGCAAAUAAUGGAAUCAUCACUUGGUCAUCUGGCUCUAAGGUGGCUCUUCUGAGCCAAGCAUUUUUAGUUUUAGCCAAGGGCCAGAAAUGUGGCAGACAUGGCUUUUGUUAUAUGCAUUCUUGUAUUAUAUGUGACUGAAUUACAGACGAGCUGUGUCUGUGAUCAAAGACCCUUGUGGAACUGGAAGACGUCCUGUAGUGCUACAUUGGGUGAAACCAAUGGUCCGUUUUUGUUUGUUUCUACGGAAACGGAAGUGGGGACCAUCUCGAAAGGCAGUGAGAGGAUGGAUUCUAUAGCGCUGCUUUCAUUGAAUUGGGCUUUUGGCACUCCUUCCGAAUCCAGAACCUCACUCUAGUUCAGACCAAGAGUUGGCACUUCUGCGUGAAUUCCUGGAAAGAUUUGCUGGUUUUGUAUCUUAAGACUUGCUGGGGAAUACCAAAAGCUGUUCUCUACAGUUUACAUCCUUGCGUGUGGGAGAAAAAUACCAUGGCAACCAGGAAGGAAUGAAAAAAUACAUACAUAUUCCUCUUCUCACAGCAAAUUGAUGCGGGAGGCUCCUCCAAUCCCCUGGCUGUUUGAGGCUCAAAAUCAGCUGCCCAGGGUUAAUUCCAUUGCAUGAUUUUCUUGGAGCAAGAACUUGUCUACCUGGAGGUUCCUAAACAGUGAAUUCCCAGUAAUGAGCAGUCUUCAGUAUUAAAACCACUGUCUUGUCACCUCAUUUUGCAUUACUGUCUUCCGUGGAUGUUUCAGUUAUAACUGUAAUGUUAUUUAUAGAACAACAUUAAUCCAUUAAAGCUAACCUAUUUUUCAAUAUUUAUGAUAAUCUUAUGUACAUACAUUGUCUGUCCAUAUGUAUUUGUAAAUAGGUUGUAUAUAAUGUCAGGUUUGGGUCUUGGGUUCAAAUGUAUAUAUUCCUGUAAGUUUCUUAACUGCAUUUUGAUGAAUUCACAUUAUGUAUCUAUAAAAAUUGCCCCCAAAAUACCUGUACAGAGAUUUCAAUUGACAAAUUGUGUAAACACUAAAAAUUGAAAAUAUUGUUUAAAUUGUAUUUGCAAUAAACAGACCGGUUGAACAUUGCAUUUUUUCAUGAAAACUUGGUGCAAGUUCAGAUCUCUUAUUUAAAUUUUUAAAUAAGGUCUAAAUUUUCAAAAUGCAGUAGUAAUCAAAAUGUGAUCUAGUAUAGUGAAAUGAAAUGUGAUCUAGUGUCAUGAAAGACCUUUGAGAACCUGGGUGUGUUAAGCUUUCUGUAUAUAGUGUAAAUAUCCCCACCUUAUUGUUAGAGGCCAACAAUUCCAGUAGGACUUGUUGGCAGAGUGCUACACCGUUUCAAUGAAACAUUGUAUGUUUUGUUUUAACUGAACUAAAAUAAAUACAUGCUUAAUCCUGA